GUAUAACUCUGAACUCGAAGAAAUCAAAAAUAAGGAAGUUGGCACAAUAUAUAAGGUGGUGGCGUUUGAUCCUUACACUGGAGAACCGGGGUAUAAUAUUUACCAUAAGAAGAUUGAAACACCUUACCAGGGGAUUCUAUCUCUUGACACAUCGGACUUCUAAUAAACAUGCCCGUGCACGCCCCUCCGGCACACUAUGAAAUACGAGAGCUGGAACAUUUGAUCCCAAAGGAAAGCAUUGCUGAAAGAUACCGAAGAUGGUUAAUAGAAACUGGUAAAUUAGAACCAACAUCGACUCUUGUACCAUCAAAGUACCAAUUUAGUGAGCCUUACGGCACAACAAUGGCCGACGAUGACUACAUAGGGUUUAUAAAGCAUGAGAUAGCAAGGGAAAAUGCCAGACUGGAGCAGGAAGCAAGGCGGGCUGAACAAGAAGCAAUAUACACUGGUUGCUACCAAGAAGUAGGAAAUUACGACAACAACAUGUCAAUGUCGCAAUUGAGCAUUGGGAUACCUAGUAGUGGGGCCCCAUCUCCACUGGUAAACCAAACGACCCAGCAAAAUGACAAUUGUGCCACCUAUCUGGACAAUGAUGAAACACCGCAACCUAAUUUUUCCGAUUUUUAAUUUAGCAACCAGCAAUUGACUUUCAUUACGUUUGAUGUUUGGGACUUUAUUGUACUUUGGAAUGAUUUUCACCCUGUAUAUAUUUUUCUGUUAGUAUUAAUAAUUGUAUUUCUUCGUUCGAACAUGAAAAACAUGGUUUUUGUUAAAACACU